UCAAAUAAUUGCAUUUAGUUAUGGAUUUAUAUCAAGGAAAUCUAUAAAAUGCAAUAAAAGUCCCAUUAAAAAGAGUUGCCAAAUAAAUAUUUUAAGCAUUGGAAUAUUUGGAGGAAUAAGAGGUAAUGCAUAGAGAUCUUAAGCCAGCUAACAUUUUGUAUUAGAGUGGUAACAUAUAUCUAGCUGAUUUCGGAAGUUCAAAAAAAAUGGAUGGAUCUAAGAGUUUGACUUAUGUAUGUUCUAGAGCUUAUAGGGCACCAAAAUUAUUAUUUGGUUAGAUAUUUUAUAAUACGAAAAUCGAUAUAUGGGCAGCUGGUUGUAUUUUGGCUGAAUUAGAAUUGGGUAAAAAAUUAUUGUUUUGACAGAAUA